CGUUGCAUUACCUACUACUGCAGCAUUUUUGGAUUCUGGGGGCCCAUCAGGCCAUCAAACGUUGUUUGUCGCGUUGUUACCAAUGUUUCCGGGCGAACCCGCGUACCUUGCAGCCGCCCAUGGCGGACCUACCGCUCGACCGGGUACGUCAGGCCAAACCCUUCUCAAUCGCCGGGGUCGACUACGCGGGCCCCUUCUUCGUAUAUAAUCGUCGUUCUCGCGGGGCAACGCCGUUCAAGGCGUACGUGUGCAUUUUCGUUUGCUUUACCACAAAGGCGGUUCAUUUGGAACUUGCUUUUUCCUUAUCUACAGACUCGUUUUUGUCGGCUCUGAGGCGUUUCAUCGCUAGGCGCGGUCGCUGCUCGCGGAUCUACAGCGACUGCGGCACCAAUUUCGUGGGGGCUCAGCGCGAGCUCGUCAGCUGCAUGGAGGCGGCCUCAGGGCGAGAACAAAUCCAGUGGUCCUUUAACCCCCCUUCCGCGCCACACUUUGGUGGCCUCUGGGAAGCGGGGGUUAAGGCGACAAAAACCCACUUGAAACGCGUGGUGGGAGCGCAGAUCCUCACGGUGGAGGAAUUCAGUACCCUCCUAGCACAGGUAGAAUCCAUCCUGAAUUCCCGACCUUUGUGCCCCACCAGCUCGGAUCCCCACGACCUCGGGGUGCUCUCCCCGGGGCACUUUAUCACAUUAGAGCCGCUCGUAGCGGUUCCCUAUCCCGACCUAGACCCGGUGCCGAUAGGCAGACUCGAUCGAUGGCAGAUGGUGCAGCACAUGCACCAACAGUUCUGGAAACGGUGGCAUGAAGAAUAUCUACACACCCUCCAGCAACGACCAAAGUGGCUAAAGCCGGCUGACGCGAUAUCAAAGGGCACGUUGGUCCUUCUAAAAACCGAAAACGCCCCUCCUCUGGCGUGGAGACGAGAGCGCGUCGAGGAAUUGCAUCCGGGUCGUGACGGGGUCGCCCGGGUCGCUACGGUGAGGACGGCGGAUGGCCUCCUUAGUCGCCCUCUGGUGAAGCUGUGCCCUCUGCCGAUGGACGGCUCACCGGAGGGACUCGCUCAAACAUAG